AUGCAACAUCCCGUUGUUCUUUUAAAUAACCCCAUAGAGAUUGAUUACUCCGAAUUACUAAUCAACGUCAUUUCUCUAAUCAAGGGGUGCAACCAACUAGACAUUUUAAUUCUUCAUCAAAUAAACGAUGCUUCCAAUCUAAAUGAAGUACUAUACAAAUACUAUACACUAGUACGAACCGAAGUUCAAGCUUCGUCAUGGUUUGAUCAUUCUUUUCAAAUUAAUAUCAUUUUCAACAUUUCAGAUGAUAAGAUUAGAAAACUAGCCCAAAAUUGGAACCGUGCAAUAUUUGCACAGGCAGAAAUGAAUGUUAUAAAGGCACCAAAGUCACAGAUAACUGCACUUGAUGUUAAUCUUGAACAUUCUAAAUUCUCACCUCCAUCAAAAACCGAGAAGAAAUCGAUAGGACAAUUCAAAACCACUGCCGUGGGAGGCACUUUUGACCAUUUACACGAUGGUCACAAGAUUUUGUUAUCGAUGGCAUCUUUCUUGACUAAGCUGAGAAUGAUUAUAGGCAUCACCGGAUCUGAGCUAUUGAAAAACAAAAAGUUUGGAGAUGCAUUGGAAUCAUUUUCCAAGCGACAGCAGUCUGUCACCACAUUCUUGCAUAUGAUCAUGGGCGAUGAUCACUAUUACGAGGUAUAUGAAAUCAACGAUGUUUGUGGACCUACAGGAUACAUUGAGGAUAUUGAUGGCUUAGUUAUAAGUCUUGAAACUGCAUCGGGAGGAGAUUUUGUCAACAAGUAUAGACGAGAGCAAGGAUAUAAACAAUUGGACAUUACUGCGAUCAAAGUCAUUGGUCAAUCAGAAACCAACAAUGCUGAAAAUUCAUGGAAGGGUAAGAUAAGCUCAACUGACAUUAGAGCACAAGAGUUAGAAAAGACUAAAAGCUUGGAGCAAUUCUCACGUUAA